GAAGAGGAGAGAGACAGGGCGAAGAGGAUCUUUGUGUGAUUCCUGCCAUAUCUGAUGUUAUCCGGUAGGUAGAGACACUGAGGCCCGUGUUGUCGGUCGGUCCGACUGGUAGCCAGUUAAGUCAUUCAGCCUCAGUACCAGACAGAGUGCACUCCGCUCAGCAGCACAGCACAGAACUGGGACGGCGAGGAGAGAGACGAGGCUGCUACAUGCUGCAGCUGCUCGUUUACUAGUGAACAUUCUCGCAUUGAUCCGCGAAGAGAGAUUGGGGCUUUUCCCAACACAUUCGAAGGAGGGAUUUAAUCAUGUUUCGAACCUUAGUCGCGCUGCUGAUGCGACUGGCAGCUGUGCAGAUUGCUGUGCAGGGCGGAGGGGCCGUGGGGUCAUUGCCAUGGAGGCAGGGAUCGUUGCCAUGCACACGAGGCUUCUCCCAGGAGGAGUACAGUGUUGCCGUGGACGAGGAGCUAAGAGAGGGACAAGCACUCCUCACCGUGAGGUUCGCCGACUGUGGCCUGGGCGACAGGGUUCUGUUGGAGGUGGUUGACGUGGAGGACUUCAGGCUGGAUGAGGAUGGCACGGUGUACGCCCGGCAUGCCUUCCGUCUUGCCGACAGGAAGAGCACCUUGGUGGUGCGAGCGAGGGAUCUGGAGACCAAGGAGGAUUGGAAGACGCAUGUUUACCUCCUCCUCCGGAACGACGGAAAGCCAGACACGACAGAACACAAACUCAUCAAACAGGUGAACUCCAGCUCUGCAGCUGUGACUCAGCAGGUGCGAGAGAUCGUGUUUCCAUGGCACAGCUUGGUCGUUGGGGACGAUGGAUCUCUGAGGCGGGUGAAGAGGGACUGGGUCAUUCCCCCCAUCAACGUCCCUGAGAACUCACGAGGACAGUUCCCCGAGGAGCUAGUCAGGAUCCGGUCGGACCGUGAUAAGAACAGUCUCCUGCGUUACAGUGUGACUGGACCCGGUGCUGACCAGUCUCCGACCGGGAUCUUUAUCAUCAACCCCAUCUCUGGCCAGCUCUCUGUGACCAAACCCCUCGACCGGGAACACAUCUCCAACUUCCAUCUGCGAGCCCAUGCUGUGGACCUGAAUGGGAACCAGAUAGAGAACCCCAUAGACAUCGUCAUCAACGUCAUAGACAUGAAUGACAACAGACCAGAGUUUACACACACCAUCUACAACGGAUCAGUACCAGAGGGAUCCAAACCAGGGUCCUUUGUGAUGACAGUUACGUCACUGGACAAGGAUGACCCUAAAACAGCCAAUGGGAUGCUCCGAUACAAGAUUAUAUCUCAGAAUCCUGAAAACCCCUCCUCCAACAUGUUCACCAUCAACAACAAGACAGGAGGAAUCAUCACUGUGGCUGCAGGGCUAGACAGAGAGAAAGUUCCUCAGUACACGUUAAUCAUCCAGGCUACUGACAUGGAGGGGAACCCAACCUAUGGCCUGUCUAACACAGCUACGGCUAUCAUCAGGAUCACUGACGUCAAUGAUAACCCCCCAGAGUUCACCGCUGACAAAUUCUAUGGAGAGGUGCAGGAGAACCGUGUGAAUGUGAUCGUAGCUAAUCUGACAGUAACAGAUAAGGACCAGCCCCACAGUGCAGCCUGGAGUACUGUGUACAGGAUCACAGCUGGAGACCCCACUGGACGCUUCUCCAUCCCCACUGACCUCACCACCAAUGAGGGACUGGUCACUGUGGUUAAGCCUAUAGACUAUGAGGUGAGUCGUUCCUUCGUGCUGACGGUACUGGCUGAGAACGAGGUUUCCCUGGCCCGUGGUAUCCACCUGCCCCGUCAGUCCACCGCCACCGUGUCUGUACGCAUCACAGACGUCAACGAGAGCCCAGAGUUCUCCCCCAACCCCAAAGUCAUCAAACUAGAGGAGGGGCUACCGGGCGGCUCGCUACUCACCACCUUUACAGCACAGGACCCUGACAGAUACAUGCAACAGAACAUACGGUACGCCAAGGUGUUCGACCCUGCUAAUUGGCUGAAGAUAGACCCUGUAAACGGGCGGAUCUCCACCAUCGCUGUGCUGGACAGAGAGUCUCCAUAUGUGAAGAAUAACCUCUACAACAUCACCUUCAUGGCCACUGACAAUGGCAUCCCCCCAGCCAGUGGUACAGGUACAUUACAGAUGUACCUGUUAGACAUAAAUGACAAUGCUCCUCGUGUCUUCCCUCCGGAGGUGGAGAUGUGUGAGAAGCCUGAGCCCAACACCAUCAACAUCACCGCCAGUGACCCCGAUCUGACCCCUAACGCCGGCCCCUUCGCCUUCGAACUGGCCAAGCGGCCGGCAGAUGCACGCAGGAACUGGACCCUCACACGCCUCAAUGGUGAAUAUGCUCAGAUCAGGCUGCGGAUAGGUUUUCUGGAGAGUGGUAUCUACGAGGUUCCUAUCAUUAUCACAGACUCAGGCAACCUGCCCAUGUCCAAUACAUCCUACCUACAGGUCAAGGUGUGUCAGUGUGAUCACCAUGGAGACUGCGUGGACAUGGAACGCAUCAUCGCAGCAGGGCUGGGCACUGGAGCCAUCAUCGCAAUCCUCAUCUGUAUCAUCAUACUGCUAGUGAUGGUGUUGUUCUUUGUGAUGUGGAUGAAGAGGAGGGAUAAGGAACGUCAGGCCAAGCAGCUGCUCAUCGACCCAGAGGACGAUGUCAGAGACAACAUACUGAAGUACGACGAAGAAGGAGGAGGAGAGGAGGACCAGGACUAUGACCUGAGCCAGCUGCAGCAGCCCGACGCCUUGGAGACGGAAAUGGUGAAGGUGGGGAUCCGACGUAUGGAUGAGAGGCCCCUACACCAGGACCAUAUAUACCCCCUCCGUUCUGCUGCACCCCACCCCGGAGAUAUAGGAGACUUCAUCCACGAGGGUCUGAAGGCAGCUGAUAAUGACCCGACAGCGCCUCCCUACGACAGUCUUCUGGUGUUUGACUAUGAGGGCAGUGGCUCCACCGCUGGCUCCCUCAGCUCCCUUCACUCCUCCUCUUCCGGCGGAGACCAGGACUACGACUACCUCAGCGACUGGGGCCCGCGCUUCCGCAAGCUGGCAGACCUCUAUGGUGGAGGGGACAACUAGGACUAGCCCCGUGCUGGGGGGAAUUGGCAAGGGGUGGGUGGGAUGGGGGAGGGAACAUGAGUGGCACUUUUUUAUCAUGGGACAGGGAAGGAGUGCUGGUUGUAAAGAGACUUCUAUUUUGGCUGACUUGAACAGAGGACAGAAACAAAGUGGAGUAUGUUGGUGUGGCAAAUGCUAGCCUAACCUGCUAGCAUACAGGAUAACUGAGCCUAGUGGAUUGUCCCCCAUAUGCUUAGGAUAGCUAAAACUCAGAGGAGAAUAUGGUGACUGCUUGCCUAGCCUGCUAGCAUGCAGGCUAACUGAGGUUAGAUUGGAGUUUUAGCCUACAUGCUAAGGGUCGCUAACAGCUCGAGUACAUUUCUGUGGCAACUGCUAGCCUAGCCAGUUAGCAUACAGGUUAACUGAGGCUAGCGGAGUGUUAGCCCACACGCUCAGAGGAGAACAUUGGAAGUAAACCGACCGUUGGUACUUUGACGGGUAGUUAAUGGCGAAUGAGAGAGUCUGGGUGGUCGCUCAGCAGUUAACGAUGUUAAAGACGCUUAGUUACACUUGAAUCUCACAGUACAGAAGCGCUGGGGUGAAAACGUGCCUUGUUGUACAUUAUUUUGAUUCUGUUUUAGUUUUUUGUUCUUCAUGACUUUCAAGGUCCUGACUCUAGCAGGGAUUUUCGUCUGUAAGAGAGCGGAUGUUUAAAAUGAGGAACGCAUGCUUCACCACGUGUGUUUGAUGUGUGAAAUAAAGUGUUGUUCAGGUUACACCUCACUGCCAGAGUGUGUAAGUCAUCUUCGUUGCCAUGGAGACACACAGGAUGAACACUCCCCAUUGCUGGAUCGAGAGCAUUGAGAGAUGACAUGUACAGUAAAUGCUAAAAUACUAGAUAGUUUCCCUGUUUUUCUUUGUUUUGUUUUAAGCUUUUUUCACAUUGUAAGUUUUUGCUAAGUAAAGUCACCAGUCCUACAUUUUGUAGUAGACAUAUUGUUUAGUUACUCUGAGGUUUGGUCGGUGGAGACGACCAAAACCAGAGUGGGGUCAAUUCCAUUUCAAUUCAGUCAAUUCAGGAAGUAAACUGCAAUUCCAAUUCCAAAUUUUUAACUGUAAUUGUAAUUUCAGUUUACUUCCUGAAUUGAUUAAAUUCAAAAGGAAUUUACUCCAACUCUGACUAAACCAAGAUGACAAUGAUGAUGAAGGUGUUCAUUCUGUCCGUUCAUCUGCCUUAGUGUUCAUCUGGUACUCUUCUCUGAUUGGCUACUCACUGUAAACACAAAUAUGUACAGAUUGUAUUUUAUUUUUGGUUGUUGUUCUUUUUUGAGCGUGGUCUCUGAAAGUAAUGCUACUAUCCAGAACGUUGUAUAUGUAUAAUUUGGAUUACAGAUUAAAAAUGUUUUGCAU